AUGUUGAAGAUUGAAUUAACAGGUAGUUCGCGAAUCGAAUUCCUUAGCUAUGGAGUUCGACGUCUUAGCAACAAUUAUGGAAAUGUUGAAGCAGUUGUUGGAUUCAUGUUACAUCCAGAAGCAGCAGAUACUAAAGUGAUUUUUAUAUUGGACACACAGUGCAAUUAUGAAGCUACGCUUACUAUUGACUUAAUGAGCACUAUCACUUUGAUAUUUCAACGACAUGCUAAUAUUCUUGGAUUUUGUGUUGUUAUAUACUUGUUAUGCCAACUGAUGGCUUGGGCAAUACUGUUUAACGGCGUAGCAAUCAGUAAGAAGCGAAAAGUAGAAGAUGAAUUUUUGAAUCGAAGAUUGUUGUUCUUAAUUGGCUUGCAGGACUUUCAAAAACGGGUUAGCUGUCCAUUCCCACUUAAUGAAUGUAGUUUGCUGACGUUGAUAACAAUGUUUCAUAUUUUAAUAUUUGCACUUUUCCUACCAUAUGGAAUAUGUUCUAUAUGGAAUCUGCUUCAUUACGGUACUGUACCUGCUUAUGAAGACCCAACACGUUAUGCUGCCUACAUAUCAGCAAUAAUUUUGAUUGUUCGACUUCUUGCGGAUUUCAGAAUUUCUGGGAUGGUAAAUAUGCCAUUAUAUAAAUUUUCAAUAAUUUGA